UUACAUUCGAUAUUCGUGAUUGUAGUAAUAAUUAAAACGAUUACCACGAUUCAAUCUCUCGUUUAGAAAAAGAAAAUGUGACUUCAAAAUUUUAUAAUAUUAGCCGUACAGUGCUGUAGCGAUUCUCGUUCUAUUAAAAUGUUUAUCUAAAUUUCAAGUUGUUUAUUUUUGUAGAAUUAAGACAUACUGGGUUAAUUUUUCUUUUCGUAAUUGAUAAUAAUUUCAACGUUAAAUAAAUUAAUUAGAUUGACGUAUGUAUCACACAACGCUAUGUUUAAGUUAAUUAUUUUACGAUAAAGACAAAACAUAUCAAAUGUUAUUAAGACGGCACAUCGAAUAUCAGUAUAAGUAAACAGAUUGAGGUGAAGGCACGUAUUUUAUUAAUAUGGCGCCUAAAAAUGUUGAAUAUAUUGAAAUAGCUCAUCGAAGAGCAGCAGAAAAGAAAACUCAUGUCAGUUUUCCUCAACUCAAAUACCCCUCGCUAAGGGACGAAGGGUUAAGAGACCCGGUACAAUGGUUAAUCGGGAAAUCCAUGGACGACGGAGCAGAAGGCUUAUGGCGAGUGCAUAAUGGGAUUUACAAUUUCAAUGAUUUCCUCGAGAAGCAUCCCGGUGGGGCGGAGUGGUUGGAGCUCUCUAAGGGUACCGAUAUCACAGAAGCCUUCGAAAGUCAUCACCUCAAUUCGUCUGUGAAUAAAGUUCUCGAGAAAUAUUACGUUAGGGAAGCUAAAACACCUAGGAAUUCGCCUUUUACUUUUGAAGAUGAUGGAUUCUACCGCACAUUGAAAAGAGCGGUCGUUGAAGAAUUAAAAAAAGUUCCUAAACAUAUCCCGAGUUACGCUGAUAUGAUCAUCGAUGGUCUCUUCGCGACUUUGCUCAUAUCUUCAGCGGUUUCAUGUUGGGCCAACGAUUAUUGGGUGGUAAUGUCAGCGUAUUUGAUCGCCUCGUUGAGUUUGGCAUGGGUCACAGUUGCCGCUCACAAUUACAUCCACAGGAAAACUAAUUGGAGAAUGUACUUGUUCAAUUUGAGUUUGUGGUCUUAUAGGGAUUUCAGAGUAUCACACGCCCUUUCUCACCAUCUUUAUCCGAACACCCUUAUGGAUUUAGAAGUUAGCGGAUUUGAGCCUUUAGUGAUUUGGAAUCCGAGGAAAAAGCCGGUACAUGCCAAAUUUGCUUUUUUGAUUGAACAGAUUACAUUCCCGUUUCUGUUCGUUUUAAAUUUCCUGAAGCGGUUAAUUUUAAAUUUCCUACGCGAAGGAUUCUUCACCGAGCACUACCGUUGGCAUGAUGGUGUAGGGUUCACUUUACCUGUCUGGAUGUGGCUCGUGAGCGGUUGCAGUUUCUACGAAGCAGCGGUGAUGUGGUUGUGGAUUGUGUGCACCGCGAGCUACAUAUUCUUUAGCAUCGGAUCGAAUGCUGCUCACCACCAUCCUGACAUCUUUAAGGACGGUGACCAAGUUAGGGACGUUACACCUGACUGGGGUAUGCACGAACUGGAGGCUGUGAUGGAUCGCACCGACAUUAAUGGAAACCUUUUCAAGGUGAUGACGUUUUUCGGAGACCACGCCCUUCAUCAUCUGUUCCCGACAUUGGAUCACGCCGUGUUACCCUAUCUGUAUCCAGUUUUCUUAGAUUUAUGUCAGAAGUAUCGCGCCAAUUUUAGAAUGACAUCGUCAUUGGAUUUGUUUAUAGGACAGAUUAAGAUGACGCUUAAGACGGAACCUAAUAUAUUAGAUAAUAACUAAUGUUGUUUUUUAUAACCAAAAAAUAUAUUUCAAAUACACAGUUGUUAAUCAAGUCGAAUCUUGUGCUUUUUAUGUAAUAAUAUUAUCAUAAAAAAUGUUUUUAUGUGCAAGUUCAAAGGCUGUAACCGAUAAUUUUAUUUCACUUAAUGAUUAAUAUAUUUUUAUGUAUAAAUAAAUUAUAAUUAUUUUGAAACCAACGAUAAAGAAGUGAAACAAAUUAUUAUUUUAUAAUACGUUCAGAUAACACGAUGUUGCGUGUAUAAUCAAUUUGCGUAUGAUUUAAAAACAUUGAAGAAAAAUAUAUGAUAAAUUUACGAAUA